AAGUCAGAUGACCGGACCGGACCGGACAAGUACAAAGAAAAGUCGCAGGGAAGACCCGACGCCCUUUUUCUCUGCAGAUUGCGGGGACGAUUUUCGGAGAAAAGGAAACCAGUUUCGGAAGGGAUUGCUUCUCUCGCUUCCUGAGAGAUAGUCUAGUAAUCUAUUUAAUCCUCUGAGAGAGAGAGAGAGAGAGAGAGCACGUUAAUGGAUCAGAUCCUGAACAAGGUGGGGUCCUACUGGUUCAGCAGGAGAGCCAGCAAGGAAUUCGAUUCCGUCGGCGAUGAUCUCAACUCAUUGUCAAGCAGCAUUGAGGGUGGAGCGAAAUGGUUAGUUAAUAAAAUUAAAGGAAAAAUGCAAAAGCCAUUGCCAGAGCUGUUGCGGGAGUAUGACAUGGCAGUAGGCAUCUUCCCUCGUGACGCUACAAACUAUGAGUUUAACGAAGAGACAGGGAAGUUAACUGUGUUCAUACCAUCCGUGUGUGAGGUUGGGUACAGAGACUCAUCAGUCUUGCGUUUUGCCACAACUGUGACUGGGUACCUGGAGAAAGGAAAGCUAACUGAUGUUGAAGGAAUUAAGACCAAGGUGAUGAUUUGGGUGAAGGUGACCAGCAUUUCCACCCAAGGAUCAAAGAUCCAUUUCAUGGCGGGGAUGAAGAAAUCCAGGAAGAGGGAGGCUUAUGAGGUCCUUAGAGAUGGAAUCAUUGUAGAUAAAUUUUAAAUUUUAGCUUUGUUUGAACGUAUGUAGGAGUGUUUCAUAGUCUUCUCAUACGUGAUACGUGGUGUCUAGAAGUAGAAUUGUGUUUCUUGUUUGAAAAGCCUCUGUGUGUUUAUUUGAUGACUCUCACCUUUUAAUGUAUCGUCUAAUUAUCAUCAUUUA